AUGGCAGUGGAGUUGAUGAGAUUCCCCAAAAUGGAUGAACAGAAGGCAAUUCAAGAAGCAGCCUCGGAGGGCCUCAAGGGAAUGGAAAACCUCAUCCAUCUCCUCUCCCACCAACCCUCCCAUCUCAACACUCACGACACCGAUGCAACUGUUUCAAACUUCAAGAAACUCAUCUCCUUACUCAACCGCACCGGCCACGCCCGUUUCCGCCGCGCACCACUUCCUUCAAACACCCAACCCACUCCACCGGCUAACCCGGUCACUCUCCACCAACCUCCCUCCACUUUCGCCCCCACGCACUCUCACACUCUCACUCUCGAUUUCACCAAACCCAACAUCCUCGCCUCCACCAACGCCAAAUCCAUGGAUCUCGAAUUCUCCAAGGAAACCUUCAGCGUCUCCUCCAACUCCUCCUUCAUCUCCUCUGCCAUCACCGCCGACGGCAGCGUCUCCAACGGCAACCAAGGCUCCUCUCUCUUCCUCACCCCGCCUCCGCGGUCGUCUUCAGCCGGAAAACCGCCUCUCGUGAAGAAGAGAUGCCACGACCACUCCGACGACGUCUCCGGUAAACUCUCCGGGUCCACCAAGUGCCACUGCAGCAAAAGAAGGAAGAAUCGUGUGAAGAAGACGGUGAGAGUGCCGGCGAUUAGUUCGAAAAUCGCCGAUAUUCCGUCGGACGAGUAUUCGUGGAGGAAGUACGGGCAGAAGCCGAUCAAGGGAUCACCGUACCCGAGAGGAUAUUACAAGUGCAGUUCGGUUAGAGGGUGUCCUGCGAGGAAACACGUGGAGCGUGCCUCGGACGAUCCCACGAUGUUGAUUGUGACGUACGAGGGGGAGCACCGUCACUCGAUUCAGACCGCGAUGCAGGAGAACAUUUCCGGGGCCUUGGCUUUGGCAUUCGAGUCAACCUAG